AUGCUCCACCGUUUCCCCCAUUUAUCUCCCCCCACGUCUCCCCUCUUUCCCCUCUCUGCCAAUUGCCCCCCGUGCCCCACCCCUUUUCCCCCUGUGCUCGAUGCGAAGUCCUUGAUCCCCCUAUGCUCCGCCUCUUCCCUUGGUGCACCUUUCCCCCAAACACUCCCCCUCAUUCGUCCCUGUUCCAUUUGGCCCUCCCCAUGCCCCCCCUCUUUCUCCCCUGUGCCCCUUUCCCCCAUGCUCCCCUUCUCUCCCCUCUGUGCCGCUUUCGGCCCAUGCUCCCCCUCUUUUCCCCCCUGCCCCUUUCCCCCCAUGCUCCCCUUCUUUCCCCCCUAUGCCCCUUUCCCCCUAUGCUCCCCUCCUUCUCCCUGUGCCCCUUUCCUCCCAUGCUCCCCCUAUGCUCCCCGUCACGCCACGCCCCACGCCACAGAUGUCGGAGGAGGUCAUCUGGGAGCUCUUCGUGCAGGCGGGGCCUGUCGUCCCAUUGCCAUCCCCUCUCCCGCUCUCCUCUUUCCUCACUCCUCUCCCAGGUGCCUCAUGCAUGCACGCACCGCAUUUCCCCCCCUCUCCAAAUCGUCUUGUCCCCCUCUGAACGUGUAUGUGCCCAAGGAUCGAGUGACGGGGCAGCACCAGGGGUACGGCUUUGUGGAGUUCCGCUCCGAAGAGGAUGCCGACUAUGUGCGUGCGGGGCGGGGCUUUCAUGAGUGGGGGGGAGAUGCGUGGUGCCAGGAUCGCCGCACCGUGGACGUUGGUGCCAACCUCUUCAUCGGCAACCUGGAUCCCGACGUGGAUGAGAAGGUGCUAUACGACACCUUCAGUGCCUUCGGUGUCAUCGUCACCAACCCCAAGGUGCGACCCCCGAACCCCAAGAUCAUGAGGGAUACGGAGAGUGGCAACUCCAAGGGCUUUGGGUUCAUCAGCUACGAUUCAUUUGAGGCGUCUGAUGCUGCCAUUGAGGCAAUGAACGGGCAGUACCUGUGCAACAGGGCCAUCUCGGUGUCGUAUGCCUUCAAGAAGGACACCAAGGGGGAAAGACACGGCACCCCUGCAGAGCGACUGCUGGCAGCCAACAACCCGUCCACCACGCGCCAUCGCCCCCACACCAUGUUUGCUGCCGCUCCCCCCUCCGCCCCCCCUCCUCCCCCCCCCUCUCGCCCACCUCCACCUUCCGUCCCCCCUGCUGCUGGCGCCCCUCCCCCUCCUCGCCCAUACACCUCUCCCGCUCCCCCUGCCCCCCCGCCUGCACCUUCCCCUUACCGCCCCCCUCCUCCCCCAUCCUAUGGCGGUGCAGGCGCGUCCCCUGCUCCCCCUUACUACCCCCCUCCCCAGAUGCGCCCUCCACCUCCGUCCCAACAGUACCCCCCCCACCAGAUGCCACCUCCUCCUCCCCAGCACUGGCAGCAGAACCAGCCCCCGCCCCCUCCCCAGCACUAUGCCCCCCCGCCUCGCAUGCCCCCCCCUCCCCACCAUGGCGGAGCACCAGGGGGGGGCUAUGGUCCCCCGCCCCCCCAUGGGGGAGCACCAGGAAGGGGCUAUCCCCCCCCUCCCUCCCAUGGGGGAGCACCGGGGGGAGGAUAUCCCCCCCCUCCCCCUCAGGGCGGAGCACCAAGGGGGGGCUACCCUCCCCCUCCCCGCUACCCCACUCCUGGCGGCCCUCCCCCCUCCUAUCCCCCGCCUGGCCAGGGUUACGCCAUGCCUCCUCCUCCCCCUCAGCCCCACCAAGGGGGGUGGCGGCCGGGGCAACCUCCCCCUCCCCCUGCGCCUGGUGCAGGGGGGGCAGGUGGGGGUGGGCCAGGGCCAAACGUGGCUGUUCCUCCUCCGCCCCGACCACCCAUGGGGGGAGCUCCUCCUGGGGCAAGUGUGCUUGGGGCCGCCCCGGGGACAUAA